AUGCGACUCCCAUACGUCGCCGAUCCGCCGCUGACGCAGACUCCGCACGACGCCCAGAUCCUGGCCCGAGUCCAGGAGCGACGCGCGCCUGGGAGCCUAUUGCCACUUGACCGCGCCCUCUUGCAUUCCUUCCCAGUUGCCGACGGCUGGAACUCAUUUCUUGGCGCCAUCCGCGCCGGGACAAGUCUCUCUCCGGUAAUUCGCGAAGUCAUUAUAUGUCGUGUCGCCAUCCUGAACGGAGCGCUCUUUGAGUGGGAUCACCACGCGCCUAUUCUCUCACAGGCCGGAUUCGAGGAUGCCGCCUUGCAGGUCUUGCGCGAUGAGCACGCAGAUCUCGCUCAAAGCACACGGGAAGGACUCUUGAGCCCGAGGGUCGAGGUUGUCCUGAGAUACACAGAUGCAAUGACGAAAACAAUUACGGUCGCUGAUGACCUUUUUACUGCCGUCAGGGAAUCUUUCAGCACUCAAGAGAUUGUCGAGAUUACUGCCACGGUAGCUGCCUACAAUUGUGUGUCGCGGUUCUUGGUGGCUUUGGAUGUUGGGGAGAAAAACUCAGCCACAUGA